GUAGCCCCAAUGAUGUGUCUGCCGGGUUCUGCAAAGAGGAUUCCGCCUCGCAGACACAGGCGAAUAGAAGACAGGAACGACGUUAUCGGUCAUGGAUGAUCCCGUAUCUUGAGUGGCGAUAAUAUCAUUUCGCCUUGGAGAACACAAUCGCAGAUAUUCUAACAUCAUGACCGAUUACGAUUCAAAACGACGAGGAGGCCGUGGCCGUGAGCGUCAUCAUCCAAGCGACUACCUCUAUUACAGCGAUGACGAACGCCGGUCACGGACCAGAUCCAGAGGUCGCGAUCUCAUCAAUCGAUUACGAAAUCAACUGUCUAGUCGCUCCCGGUCUAGCAGAGGACGCAACCGAUCUGAUUCUCGCGACCGCUAUCAUCAACCAGAAAAUGAGAAGAUGGAUCGCGCAAUAAAUGCAGCAAUUGAUGCGGCGGUUGUGGAGGCAUUCCGAUUGAGAGGAAAGCCAGGCAAGUGGACUGGUUCCAAGGGAGCUAGAGUCGCCACCGCAGCAGCUAGCGCAGCAGUCAUCGACACGAUGCUUCAGAAACAUUCAAAUAAGCAUAGCAAAAGGACGAUGACUGAAGCCAUAGUUGGUGGUCUUAUCGUAAACAGGGUUGUAAAUGGGCCGCGGAAGGAGCUGAGAUAUCGUUGAGUUGUCAAAGAAUGGCAGAAGUAAUCUCGCAGGUGGAAGCGCUAUCCCAAAGUUGACUGUGCAGAGGAGGUUAACGACCGGUUUGACGGAUGGUAUGUAAUCUUAGGCAACAUAUUGAUACUUACGAUAUCU